CCCUUUUGUGUUCUUGAAGACUCACCGAGGACUCCUUGUGGUAUGCAACGUCCGUGGUCAUGAAAAUGAUGUGAAGGUCGUAGAGUCAUUGCACUAGACUCCUUCAGGAUAUAAGAGCGAGCCAGAGUCCUCUUGGCCACACACCAGCAUCUCUCCCCUGAGGAACAACACAGGCAAUGAGGGCUCAGACCGUCCUGGCAGUGGUGGCGGCGGUGCUCCUGGGGCUGGCGUCAGCGGAGGCUGACCCCAAGGCUGACCCCGGCGGCAUCGGCCUUGGCCUUCAGGGGGGCGUAGGCUUGCGCUAUAAUGUCGGGUUUGGCCUGGGACACGGCCUGGGAUACGGCUUGGGCGGCGGCCUGGGAGGCGGGCUGGGCUAUGGCCUGAACUAUGGCUACGGCCUUGGCCUGGGAGGCGGCCUCGGGUACGGCCGCAAGAAGCGUGAGGCGGAGCCCACGGCUGAGGCUGACCCCGUCCUUGUUUCGGCCCACAAGAACCACCACCAGCAGAGCUUCAACGCCUUCAUCCCUCCCUUCAUUGGCGGCGGCCUGGGGAUUGGGGGCUACGGCGGCUACGGUGGCUAUGGCGGCUACGGCGGCUACGGCGGCUACGGGCUGGGAGGCGGCCUCGGGUACGGCCGCAGGAAGCGUGAGGCGGAACCGACGGCUGAGGCUGACCCCACCUACGUCUCGGCCCACACCAACAAUCACCAACAGAGCUUCAACGCCUUCAUUCCUCCCUUUAUUGGCGGCGGCCUGGGCAUCGGGGGCUACGGCGGCUAUGGCGGCUACGGGCUGGGAGGCGGCCUCGGGUACGGCCGCAGGAAGCGUGAGGCGGAGCCGACGGCUGAGGCUGACCCCACCUACGUCUCGGCCCACACCAACAAUCACCAACAGAGCUUCAACGCCUUCAUUCCUCCCUUCAUUGGCGGCCUGGGCUACGGCGGCUAUGGCGGCCUGGGCUACGGCGGCUACGGCGGCCUGGGCUACGGCCGCUAA